AUCGGGCGAUUAGGGCCCGGAUAUAAGCCUGGGUGGUCUGAUCUCUAACCAUUUGGUCGCGAACAGCUAUCAGAUUCCCAGACACCAUGGCUUUCCUUAACAAGACCUACAAGUUUGUGAAGCAGGAGAACUUCGAAGGAUUUUUGGCAGCUGCUGGUGUCCCCGCGGAGAACAUCGAGCGUGUUUUGAAGUACUCGCCAGAGCACAAGCUGGUCAAGGAUGGUGACACUUACACCUACAUCACGCAAGGACCUGACAGCUCCAAGGAGACCAAGUUUCAGUCCGGAGUGACUGUCGACGAUGUCAUCGGAGAGCAGAAGCAGCCUAUUAAGAGCACCUACGUGGUGGAUGGCAACACAGUGACCCAGACUGUUGUCGCUGACAACGGCAAGGCUCAGUUCAAGAGGGAGUACAUUGGAGACGAAUGCAUUGUGACCAUCACCCGUGAAGGUUGGGAUGGCGUUGCCAAGAGAUACUACAAAGCGGCUUAAGUUAUUGUUGACUGAAUAUUUUUCUAUUUAUUUUUCGAAUAAAAUGCUUUUUGUAUAAAA